AUGUCGGGUCGAUAUGAACGGGUUAACGCCCAAGACGAGGAAGACGCACCCUCCCCCAUCGCGGCAUCCAGGACAUCUCGCUCGCCCCUGCCAAACUCUCCUCCUCCGUCAUUUCACUCCAGGGCAUCAUCCGCCGCUCCCCGAAAUCGCCAAGUCCAAGACCCGACCCUCGCCGACGCUUUUGACGCCGACGAGUCCGACAGCGAUGACGAGCCCGAUGACCGCCAGCGUCUCGUGAGGCAGAACUCCGAUCCCAUUCAGCCCACCAGCAGCAGCGCUCGACACCCAGCACCCUACUCUCCAGUCAGCUCCAGUGCGAGCACGCCACCCCCACAGCCCCCACGAUCGCAACCAUCAGCGACAGCGACCAGCUCCAGCCGCAUCUUCGGCAGCGGCAUCCAGAAUGAGGGCGUCUUCUCCAACUUGACUGCCAAGCCCGAGCGAGGGGGCACAGAGAAGGAGGAGCAGCCUCCGACCUACGAACAAGCCGCGGCCGACUCAGCACCGCCCUACUGGGAAACAACCAUCCUCGCCCCCGGCCUGGGCGGCAUCGACGAUGUCUACAUUGACGGCAUGCCCGUCGGCUCCGUCUUCUCUUUCGUGUGGAACGGCAUGAUCUCCAUGUCCUUCCAGCUGGUGGGCUUCCUGCUCACCUACCUGCUGCACUCGACCCACGCGGCCAAGAACGGGUCCCGGGCCGGCCUGGGAAUCACCCUCAUCCAAUACGGUUUCUACAUGAAAGGCUCGAGCGGGUCAGGGGCAGGCGGCAUGGGCGGCGACGGUGGUGCAGGCGGCGAUGGUGGAAGCGGCUACGCGGCCCCACCGGACCCCAACUCGCAUGAUUUCGACCCAAGCAGCGUGGCAGACGGCAGUGGUGGUGGAGGUUCAGGUGGCAUUUCCGACGUGGCAAGCUCGGAGUGGGUUGCGUAUAUUCUGAUGAUCGUCGGCUGGUUCAUCCUCAUAAGAUCUGUGAGUGACUACCUGAGGGCCAGGAGGCACGAGCAGCUCGUGCUGCAGAGCCCCGACCGGGGCCUGGGUGUGGCCAUUAUUGCCGAGGGCGAGAGUUCGGAGCGUGUUGUCUGA